AUGCAGCGAUCAUGGAACAGCUGGUGUUCCCUUCGGCGGACGAUAUUGACCGUCGCCAUUGGCGCUUGCGGUGUUUUCAUCUAUUUGAUAUGGUUUGGAAUGAACUCGGACCCAGGCCACUGCACCUGCCAGUCAUCCACUUCAUUUCAAUGCGCCGACUGCCUCACCUGUCUUGCCUCAGCGCCGCCAUUGGAACAGGAUCAUGUUGCAACGUGGAGUUUCCAGUACGGACGAGACGACCAGAACCUAGGCCUGAGUCAGAGCCAGUGCCAAGCAGCAUUCCCUGGUCUUUUCCAAGAUAUCCACCGAGGAGUCGAGUAUUGGAAGUCGCGAGGAGGGAUAUCAAGAGAUGAUCUGAAUACGAUCCCCUUCAAAGAUGGCAUGGCCCGCGCCAUCAUCUCCAACGGAGACCUGUACGUCGUGGCGACAAGAGCAAAGGGGGACGACCACCGGCGCAAGAUCGUUGGUACUCUGGGAUCUAUCCAUCGGGCGCUCUCCGCGUCCGCAAAUCGUACCUCACACCCCACAAUCGAGUUUAUCUUCUCGAUCGAAGACCGCGUGGAUGACGUUAACGCGGUGGGCCACCCGGUCUGGGUGCUAUCAAGAAAAGCAUCCGAGGAGUCGGUCAUCUUGAUGCCUGAUUUCGGGUUCUGGUCCUGGGCCAAGAGUAACAUCGGUCCAUACGGACAGGUCGUAGAGCGCAUCAUGGCCACUGAAUCCAAGCUGAAGUUCGCAGAUAAGGAACAGAAGCUGGUCUGGCGCGGGAAGCUGAGCUUUGCACCAAAGCUGCGUCGGGCGCUCUUGGAUAUUGCACGGGGGAAGCCCUGGAGUGAUGUGAAGGAGUUGGACUGGAGCAAGAAGGCCAAUUUCUUGUUGAUGGAGGAUCAUUGCCGGUACAUGUUUAUCGGGCAUAUCGAGGGUCGUGCAUAUUCGGCAUCCCUCAAAUACCGUCAAGCCUGCCGGUCGGUUGUCGUGGCACAUAAGCUGCAGUAUAUCCAACAUCACCACUAUCUCCUCGUCGCCUCCGGUCCAGAACAGAACUACCUGGAAGUCGAGAGAGACUUCUCCGAUCUCCCCAGACGAAUGGAUGAACUCUUGCAGAACCCAGACAAGGCAGAGCGGAUAGCCAAUAACAGUGUCAAAACCUUCCGAGAACGGUACCUCACCCCAGCCGCUGAGGCAUGCUACUGGAGAGCGCUCUGGGAGGGAUGGGCUGAAGUCUCGGCGAAUGUCACCAGCGACGUUGAACGGCCGCCGGCGGACAGGGGACUGCGGUAUGAGUCUUUUGUCCUGAUGGACAGUAACGAUAUGUUCAAGUAUUCAUUUGGGUCGGAGUAA